UGACGAGGCUCGCAGUUCUCGGAGCAUCGCGAUCGACGGUGGAUCGAUUGACGACCGUGCGCGAUUCGAUGGGAUCCAGUGAAGUUCAAUAACACGGAUAUCAGUUGCUGGACCAAGUGCUCGCUGAAAUCAAGAUCGCACGGAACGUAAAAUCGAGAAGUGGAUCGAGAGACACUGACGUGAAUUUUAAUUUAUUUAAUCCCCAACGUAAUUGAACAGAACUCGCUCGUCUUAGGAUUCGAUGUGCACUGUGUGUGGUGAGAAUAAAUUAUUUUAAAUACACAUUAAGUAAGGACAUAAGAACGAACAGUGUUUUGAAUCAAGAUCGUAAGAAGUUAAUUAACAUGUGAAUUCAUCUAGAUUUGUAGUGUCAUCUCGAUAGAUGACGUUCAUUGGUGCGAUCUUGGAUUGACGUCUCGUUAUAAUCAGUCAGUCUCGCAUCAGCGGACUUAUCUGAUCGAACAUAACUUCAGCCGAUUUUCAGAUCGGAUCACCUUCCCCUACAUAUGUACACAACUUAUAUACUUAACAAUAGCGCCCAGUAAUCGAGAUACCAAUUUUUAUAUUGACAUUUUGGUGAUGACAGUUAAAUUUGACACUCGUAUCAAAUACGUAGUGAACUAUUUAGUGACGAAUCAAAGAGCGAUCGAAUAAAAAAGCCGAUCGAUAGUGAAGCCCAUCGCGUCAGCGAACUUCUAAGCAGCUUGAAAGACUUAAGACAAGAUGCUCUUCAAAGGCAACAGCUCACGGCUGGAGCUGCUGAUUGGCAAGAUCCACGCACACAAAGAACCGUCACAGGACGAGCAACACAAGUCUAAAGAAGCGUUAGGAACCGGAAGUUCCUCGUGGCACAGCGAGGAUGGCGGGCCCAACUCACGUCGCGGCGGCGAGACACCGUCCUCCUGCGCGACUCCAACGUCGGCGAGCUUUCCGUCGGAGCCCGAGGUCGACAUCGACGUCAAUCCCGACGGCACCAACCCCGCCGCCCCCUAUCCCUGCCAGUUCUGCGACAGGAAGUUUCCGCGUCUCAGCUAUCUGAAGAAACACGAACAGAGUCACGGCGAUCAGAUGCCAUACCAGUGCAGUUGGUGCAACAGACUGUUCAAACACAAGCGCAGUCGCGAUCGUCACGUAAAGCUGCACACCGGAGACAGGCGAUAUCGCUGCUCGAAAUGUGAGGCUGCCUUCUCUAGGAGCGAUCACCUGAAGAUUCACUUGAAAACGCAUGACACCCAGAGGCCUUAUCAAUGCACGGCUUGCACGAGAGGCUACAGUACAGCCGCGGCUUUAACAGCACACAUGCAGUCUCACAAGAAACACCAAUCGUCCUCGUCGUCUCAAUCGGCCGGCCUCAAACUUCAGGACGUCGACUAUGGUAGAAGAAGCGUAUCCUCGCAUAGCACGUCGUCACCACCGGUACCAUCGUCGCCGUCGCCAUCGCUGAAUCUCAGCCUGAAUCCGAGGAACGUCCUGAAGACAUCGCAGGGCACCGGCAGCGCUUCUACCACUCCGGUUCUCAGCUCACCCUUGAAACUCGCCUGCAUGUAUUGCACCCGCGACUCGUUCAGCUGCAUGCAACAGUUGCAGAUGCACGUGCACACGAUGCACCAGGCGAUCCUGAGCGGUGCGGAAGGCCCGGCCCAGCAGCAGCCAUCGCCGAGCAGAACGUCCAGCGAGCAACAGCAGGCAGCUGCCUGCAAGCCGUUGGAUCGCCAGGACGUCACGAAGGAGCAGCGACUGGAUCGCAAGUAUCCGACGUCCGAGGAUCGAGGCGAUAGGCCGGCUACCGAGAGGGAUCAUUACGAGAACGGGUUUACCUGUAAUCAGUGUACCAUGAAAUUCUCCACGUUGGCCCUCUUACGCGAUCAUUUGUUGUCGAUACAUCGUAUAGAUGGUUUUGGCGCGAUGAUGAUGUGUCCCUUGUGCAGCAUUCCGUGUUCCUCGGCGGCUUCCUACGCCGAGCAUUACGUUCUCCAGCACUGUGAGAAUCGCCGACCGCCGCCGACACACGCUGUAGAUUACGGAGAGACGAAGCUGAACGGCAGCAUUUACGACGGUACUGCGAGAGAUUCCUCCCGGGUAUCGAGAACCCGGGACGCGCCGGAAGCCGCCGAUCUCACGAAUAAGCACUCGACCAGAUCUUCCUCGGAUGCCGCUAGCGGUUACACCGCUAAUACUCUGUUAUGCGGUCAAUGCGGUGCAGCGCUGAAAGACUUUGAAUCCUUUCGCGAGCAUGUGGCGCGACACUUGCAGGCCGACCAUCGUAACCAGGAGAUGUCCGGCAGACAACAUCUAUGUCCCAAAUGCGAAGCGGUCUUUUCAGACCGCGAAGAUAUGCUGGCCCACCUGACGAAGCACUAUCUGAGCCAGGUCAGCAAGGAAUACGCCUGCAGUGCCUGCAAAAAGCUCUACCCACAUCCAGAUCAACUUCAGAGGCACCUUUUGGACGUGCACGCGCAUCAUUUGUAUCGUUGCGCUCUAUGCCGGGACACUUUCGAUUCUAGAGUAGCGAUACAAGUACACUUCGCAGUGAAGCACAGCCAGGAGUGCCGAAUUUACCGGUGCAGCACGUGCACCGUAUCUAACAAUGAGAACUCGCCAUCGGGAGCAAACGCUUCGUCAGCUUCUAGCGAGGGUAGGAGCUUCUUCAGGAGCGAGGCCGAAAUGGCGGCUCACGUGCGUAGUGUGCACGCGCCUCCACCCGUUGUCUCUCUGAUGAAUAGCAGCCCGAUGGGUGCCGCGAGGAGCCCGGCUUCGACGCCCGGUGGUGGCGUCGCCGCGCGUUGUUUGUUCUGCGGAAUCUGCUGCGGUUCAGAACUCGAACUCCAGCUUCACUUGGCCAGCCACUCGACCAAUCUCUACAGAUGUCCCAUCUGUCGGGAAGGUUUCGCGGUGGAGUUUCUCUUGGACCGACACGUCGCCCAGGUUCAUCACGCGACCCAGGAUCAUCAGGUGCCAUCCGUCAGAAGUAACUCGAGAGAGAACGGUCGCGUUCAUCGACCGGUCAGAAAUCAUGAGGAAACGAAAUCUUUGAAGAGAGGUCGCUCACCAGCGUCGAGUAAUAACAAUUCUUUAAAUCAACGCGACAACAACAAACGUACAAACUAUGGCACUUCUGGGCAGCAAUGCGAGCUCUGCGAACGCGGUGAAUUCGCGAACGAGGCCGAGCUGCAGGCACACAAGAAAUUGGCUCACAGUCCUCCCAAACUGUCCAGUAAGAGUCUAUCCACCUUGAAUACCCUAACGUGUGGUUAUUGCGGUGAGGUUUGUCGUUCGCGAAAUGAGCUAGAGUCUCAUACGAGGAUCCAACACGCAUCCAACGAGCCCGGCGGACGUCACAAAUGCAACAUCUGUGACGAAGUGUGUCUGUCCAGUGCGAGUUUGGCCGAACACAAGCUCCAAAAGCACUGCAAGAUACAACUGAGUGACACGUGCGUGGUGUGCCGUGGUUGCCUGACUUCAGAAAGUCAAUUUCUGGAUCACGUGCAAAGACAUAGCUUGGAAAACGUGGACCCGCAACAACGAUUGGACAAUUCUUUACCUCAUUUGCCCGCACCAUGCGUUGUUUGCCGGCAGACGCUGAUCAGCGAACUAGAGUGUCGUUUGCAUGCACGGCAUCAUCUGCGAACGUCUUCGGGACCGCGCAGCGCUGUUUCUAGUCCGACCAGUCCCGGUGGCGGUAAAACUCAGAGUCAGGGUUGCUGUCUCUGUUUGCGCGAUUUUGCCGCUGAUGAUUUCGUCAGUCUGCCACCCAAUCCUGCCAGUACGAGCGGACAAUCGCUGAAGGUCUGCAAACUCUGCUAUAUGCGACACUCUCAGGGAUUGCCUAUUCUAAACUCAACGACCUAUGAGCGGGCCAAAUACGAUACGAUGUGGUUCGCAAACAAAAAUGGUCAAUGGGAUAGCUCCAAGGACAAGUGGGAUGAUAGAGGACUCAACCUAGAGAAUCGAUCCAGAAGUGAGGGAAAUACGGAUAAAAAACGUUGUGAAGAAUGCGGAGUGAAAUUUGAAGAUUCCGAAGAGGCAGAGAAGCAUAGAAUCACAGAACAUGAAAAGAUUAGCACUAAUGGUUCAAAGGCAUCCUAUUCGUGUAUACAGUGUCAGGUAUCAUUUCCAACUGAAGCCAAAAUCCAGCAACACGUGAGAAAAGAACACCUGGAAACUUCCAGGAGAGCUUCCCUGGAAGCCUUGCGGUGUCAUUUAUGUUCAUUUGAGGCUACCAGUCCUAUGCAAUUGCAAAUUCACUUAAUAGAACAUACUUUCGUUGGCUGCGCUGCGCUCAGCUGUUACAUCUGUCAAUCGCUCUUCACAACUCCUAUUGGUCUUCAGAGUCACCUGUUACAAGAACACGGUCUGGGCGCGCGACCGUACGAUUGCCCCAAGUGCACGCUCAAAUUCUUUUUCAAUGCGGAACUAGAUCACCACAUACUGACUUUUCACCGUUCAAGAGACGAGAUUCAUACUUCGUCGGCCGAAAACGAGAUGAAAAAUCGUGAGUCCGAUGGUGGUGUAACGGUGAAGGAGGAAGUAAUGCAAAGCAAGGAAGAGGAAGAGGAGGAGGAAGUGAACGUAGACGACCAGAUAGGACAGGAGGAAAAAGAAGUUAAACGAGAGGAGCAAAAAUUGAAGACGGAAGUAGAUAUUGAGACGACAUCCAACAACCUGACAUCGUGACUUUCUUCGGUCAACGUUACAUUUCGUUCUGAUUUAGGAUUAAUUGAUUAUUAAGGACUUGUUAGCCAAUCAUUAAGUUUUUCAUCGCUACUAUCAGCGGCGAAUAUUCUAUACUAUUCUUUUAAAAAACAAUUUGUGAAAUAAAAGUUCGAUACACACACACACACAUAUACACACGUAUACACACACACGCACACACAUACAGUAUUAAUUAAGAGUAUUAUCAAGAAAGUGAUUAUUCCAGAUGGUUAGUUUUUUACAUAUUAAUAAUAAAAUUUUAAUAUAUAAGAGAUUUCGAUGCCUUUCUCAGGUAGAAGGAUCGUUAGUAUCUUGUUUAUCCUCAAAUUCUUAUAUAUCAGUUUCAAAUUUAGAAGUAAAAUAUUGAUGUUUCCGCAGCACAUAAGUUUGUUCGCGUUAAGUUUGACGAGAAUAUUCAUCUUAUUGUUUCGAACAGGUAUGUUUGAUCCUAAUUAGAGAAAUAAAGCGUAGAAGUUAAUUUUUUCUUUCCUAUCUGUCGUCAAAGAUUGACGAAGCUGUCUACUUUAUCAAAGUUCGCCCAAUUGAUAAAAUUAAAACAAUCGCGUCUUAAAAACAUAUAUGCUCUUAUAUAUAUACAU